AUGCAGGGCGGCGGGGCGGGCGCAAACGCUGGAAUGGCGGUUGGGCCGACGCCCGCGGGUCACCAGGCGGAGCUGAACAUAAUCUACGGCAUGGUGGAGGAGCUGUCGAGACAGUUGGCAGAGAACAGACGUGUCACGGAGGAUAUUGUCAGUGGUUUGGGCAGAGUACGGAAUCGAGCUCGGGAAAGAGGCUUAGGCAACGAUGACGUGCUCGGUGAGGCAGCCGACGAGAUACAUGCACAAGAGCCGAAUCUCGACGCCCUCCUGUCCAUCCUCAGCGAAUCACUCGACCGCGCAAAGCACAGCCGUGAUGCCAACUUUGCCCUCCUGACUUCGUACGCACGCGUGCUGUCUGCCUUGCUGUCACAGUUCCACAUCUAUAAACAAAAACACAUCGCCGACGUCUCGGCAUGGCACCGCUCGUAUCGCGCCCAGCUAGCCGAGGCUCGCGCCGAAAACUCCCAGCUACGUGAGCAGAUCUGGGAGAUGCAAGACCACGCCGGCCGCGCCAACGCACUGCUGCGUGAGUUCAGGAAGAAGUACAACGAGGACGAGGCGCGGAACGAGAAACGAAUCAACGACAGAGCCAAGAAACAAGAAAUCAGAUUCUGGAAGCGCAUGGCCAUGCCCGAUGUGGGUGAUGGCGAGGAGAGCGUCUGGAGCGAUGAUGACGAUCUCGUUGAUCCUAUCGAGAAGGAGAGGCUGAAAGAGGUGGAGCGCAAGGUGGCCGAACAGGCGCUGGCGGGCGUGGGAAGCACCAGCAGUCGAGAAGACGGUGAUGGAAGCGGGAGUGAUAGCGACAACGAGGGUCAUGUUCAGGAGAUGGCCAUGAUGGGAGGUGUGCCGAUGGUAAGGGGUGGUAGCAGUAGUUCGAGCGCAAUGGCAGUGGCCGUGCCCACACCUCCGCCGCGGCCUGCGAGUACGGGCAGUACGGGCGGGCAGAUGGGGUAA